CAUGACCUCUAUGUUUAGUUUCACUUCCGCGUUUCGGAUUGGACAUGGGAUAAUAAUGAUAAUCUGCAUAGUGAAAGUAUAUGAUAAAGCCAGCAACUAUGUGGAUUUCGCAUGCCUACGUUUGCCAAUAUCUGUAACCAAUGAUGCUUAUUGAGUUUUCUUCCCCGUAAUACGUCUGAUUUUUUUUUCCAUUUCGACCGUUGCAUCGCUCGUGGUUUUCUGAUAAGCGAGGUGACUACCCUAGCUGUCAGUUACGGUUAGUAAGGCGUAAUUCGAGGAACCAGUUAGCUGUAGCUAAAGUAGUAAAGGAUAUUUAUCCUGAUUAUAUUCGAUCUGUUCGCUCUCCUUAACCGUGUUGGAGAAAGCCGAGGAUCCGAUGUAUAUAUUCCACAAAAUGCCAGUGCUGUCUUUAGUUGUUCUGUUGGUCCUCGUCAUUGAAGAUGGGGAAGCUGGCAACAACACAAGCAACUGUAAGCUGGACUCAGUAUCGAAGAAUUCACAGGCCGAAAAAGAAGCUUUGGGCAGAUUGGAGCCCCUCACAAAUAGGAACUUCACUGUGAACACCGGUGGAGAUGAAGCCUACACGUACCAGUUUCGCGUGUGUGGUGAUGCUGGGGAAAUCCCCGAAGGAGGAGUUGUGCAGAGAGACAAAGAGGGAAAGGAGACUGUUGUAGGGAGGUACAACGUCACAGAGGCUAUUGGUGGCAGUGACUGGGUGAUGCUGAUCUACAAGAACGGCUCUUCGUAUGACAGGCACUGUAGCAGUGAGGGGCGGAAGGCCAUCAUCAUGAUCUCUUGCAAGCCAGGAGUCUUGGCGGGUGAUCUAGCAAUAAUUCUGGAGGAGAGACAAAGGGAGAAGAACUGUUUUUAUCUGUUUGAGCUGGAUUCCAGUGCCGUCUGUCCACCCGUAUCCUCUAAACUGAGCUUGGGUUCGAUUCUGCUGAUCAUUGGUUUUACCUGCUUGGCGGUGUACUUGAUUGGUGGAUUCCUCUACCAGCGGCUGGUUGUUGGAGCCAAAGGGAUGGAGCAAUUUCCCAACUACUCCUUCUGGCAGGAAAUUGGAAACCUGACUGCAGAUGGGUGUGACUUUGUGUGUCGAUCCCGUGGCAGUCGGGAGGAACCGCCUACCUGCCAGGGUGUGGCCACUGAGCCUUUGGGGGAGGAGUCGGAAGAGAGAGAUGAUCAAUUGCUGCCCAUGUGACCUCAUCAAAUUCAUAUCAGGAUGUAUAUGUUUAUGGUGACUUUUUUUGGAAUUCAAAGAUAUGAAACAUUAAAGGAUAAUCGAGAAUCGUAAAAAUUAUGAAGAAUAGGAGAUUUGUGUUAUGUUAUAGAUGUUUCUAAAUAUUAUGGAACAGUGUUGCACAUCCCAGAUAGUCAUAAUAUUUGACAGAGCAGCAAUUCCAACAAUAACAUGGGAAAUAGAGAUAUAUCAUGUGCUGUUACAUAGAAUUUAGCUGUGAUUUAACCAAAUGAAAUAUCACAAAGUUAUAGCAAUGUUGUUGACAGUUACGACUAUAAUGUAAAUGUACGGAUGGCCAGAAAAACAAAAACUGUAACUGUAAUAUUAUUUUUUUCAAGAAGGAAUGUGACACUGGUUAAACAUUUGGCAAGAAAAUGCAGCUACUGAAAUAAUGAUUGUUAUUUUAAUACUGUACGAUUCCUAAUAUACAUGUGAUGACUUUUUUUUCCAUUUCCAUUUAUGUUGUGGUGUAUAUAUUUCUAAGCUUGGAAAAAGCCACAGGAGUAAUUCAGUAUUUGGACGCACAUAGAUAGCUGUGAAUCCAAAGAACAGCACUGAUGCAUAACCGUCAAGUCAUCUGUACUGCAGGUGUGUUUGAACUUUAAUGAGAUUCGUGAACUCCCAUUGCAGUGCUCUUAUUUUUACUGUUUACUUCAAAGCAAAUUUAAAUAGCUAUUUUUGUUUUCACCUUUGAGGCAAGAUUAGUAGUAAAGAAUAAAGUGUGUAUCUGAUUACGCCUCUGCCUUGUACUGUUUGCUUCUUUAAUGAGUAGGACUGUGCUGUAGUGUUGUAGGUAAGUCAACAGUAUGACUUCUUCGUACAACACCCAACGUGCUUUUGUCACCAAUCGAGAAAUGCGAGGUGGUUCACAACGGUAACUAGGAAGAGCCCCUGUUGCUAGCAGGUUUGUAAUGCUUGUUGUGGUUGUGAGACAUUAUAUAAAAUGCUGCGUUUACAUAAAUAAAAGAAGAAAAUUA